AUGUCUGCGCGAUAUCCCCAAUCGUCUGGGUUCAACUCCCGAGACCGUUCCCCUCGAUAUGAUCGUCGACCUCCCGCCGGCCCUCGUGGCUCUGACGAUGUAGGCUUACCCAUGGGACGAGAGCCUCCCAGAGGGCCGAAGGCUUUGAUUGACCACCCUCGAAGCGCGUCUUAUGGUAAUCGAGGACGAGGAGGCUACGGCCGAGGAGAAUUCCGUGACAGAGACCGUGACCCGAGAGAACGCGACCGCGAUUUUCGAGAAUCUCGCGAUGGACCACCACCGCCAUUUCGUCGCGAUAUUGACCGGGACCGGAACCGUCGUGCCCAUGAUUUCAACGCCAGAGAUCCGCGUGACAAUUUCGGCCCUGGCCGUCGCUCGCGCUCACCUCCUCUCCGCGACUACCGUGACACUAGAGACCUUUCUGGCCGAGACCCCGAUCUCGUGCGGAUGCGUCGCGGCUCGAGAGACAGUAUGAUGUCUGUAUCUUCCGCAGUUCCUGACGGCUCUUCCUCUGUAGGCCAUCAUUCCCGCCCUGGCCCGAUCCGUGGCCGAGGAGGCCGUGGCGAUCGAGAUGGAGCGCGUGGGCGCGGUGGCGGUCGGAUGCCGUACAUGGAUGAUCGCGAUUUCAGACGCCGGAGUCGGUCUCGCGACAAUCGAUGGGAUCGAGAACGAGACAGGGACCGCGACCGCGACCGCGACAGAGAUCGACCGCUUGACCGUGAUCGGGAUCGAGAGCGUGUGAAUGCCGAUCGUGAUAGAGACUGGGACAUUGAUAGGCGUGAGAGAGACCGUGAUUUUGAUCGCCGUGAUCGAUUUGAUCGCCGUGAUGAGCUGGACCGCCGUAUGGACCGUGACGAGCGAGAUAGGCCCGCGGAUUUGUGGAAGCGAGACCGUCCACCCAGUCGAAACGAGAACAGAAAUUCUAGCAUUUCAUCCCUGCCAUCUGUUGCACCACCUCCCAUUCACCCUGGGGUGGCAUUAGCAGACAGGAUAACUGAUCCGUCGAGUGUUGAACACCCUCGAAAACCGUCUACGGUAGAACCUUGGCGUGACAUGGAGCGACUCGAAUCUUUACCUUCUCGGCCGGAUCCCAUGAAGGAGUUCAUACCUCCCGUUCCAAAACGUCCCACACCUCCCGCUGCUCCUCAGGUCCCAGCUUUUGGUUCAGUAACUGCACCGAUUCCGGAUUUGCCUCCAGAGAAGCCUCCUGUCGAGACACCUGCGGCGGCCCAUUCAUUGUCAAAAACCGAGAAAGAACGCCAGGAACCUUCAGCGAGACCCCAGAUGUUGCCACCAACAGGACCAAAAGCAGACCGCGGUUUGCCUCAUCAAGUAGCCGAACAACGCGCCCGGCGUGACGAGACGAAACGGGAUGAGGCUUUUGAUCACACUCCGAAGCAGGAAAGCCCCGUGCGGACCUUCAAGCCACCCCAGACAUUAUCGGUCGGUCUCCAGAAACCAGUAGAACUUUCUCCACCUACUGCUCCAGCAGCCAUGGUUACUAAAGACAGUGCAAUUACCCCCGAGUCCUCACCUAGCAAAAUUGGGUCAACCACAAUUUUUCCGGAUGCAACACGGGGCCCUCCUUCGGCAGGACGAUCUGCGUCUCCAGGAUCGCUCACAUCGCCUCGUAUGCAUUCUUCGAAUAUCCCUACUGGUCCCCGGGCGCUUCAACAACGGCCUCCACCGUCCCGUGGGCCUUCCAAAGGUAAUAAACAAUGGGUUCGACCUGGCUACAGUCGUCCGCACUUUGCGACCAGCCCGACAUUACCGCCGAAGAGAGAUUCCAUCGAUAGUCAGCACAGGAGUUUGUCUAUCAGCGAAGAAUUCAAGCACGACAUGAAAAUGGAUAUCGAUGGGCAGAUAACAAGCCCAACUGCGAACAGACACCCCAGUAAGGAUAAGGCUAUGCAUGAGGAAAAAGAAAACUUCCCUAUCCCUGAGCCGUCUAUGGAGCCGCCUAUGGAGCAGCCCACAGAGCAUCAAGAUCGCGCCCCUAGUCCUCCUCAACGUCCUGCAAAGGAGGUUUCUCCAAAGCCCACCGAAGAGAUAAAUGAUGAUGUCGUAAUACCGGACUUUGGGAGAUCUAGUGAUGAAGAGGAGGAUGAGAAUGUCUUUACUCAGGAGUAUUUGGAGGAGAGAAAGCAAAUUUUUGAGAAGGACAUGAAGGCUUUGCGUGCAGAGAUGCCCCCCUCGCCAUUGGAAGAUCCAAAUAUUGUCUCGCUACUUAUGCGAAUCCAGCUGUUAGGAUUGAUCGCAAAGGGGGGUCAACCUGAAAAGGCCCAAGAACCAUUAGCUUCUACGGAUGAAGCUGUUACGCAAGAAGUACAGGCAACUUCACAAGAUACCGACAUCGACAAGAAAACGGAGGAGCAUGAGCCACCAACGAAACUGGUCCUAGAUUCGCUUCCCGACGCAGUAUCUGUCGCGAACCUUCCAUUCCUGCAAUCGGGACCUCCUACGCCGAUGUCUGAUCUGGACGUUUACCAUGAGAACAAUUCCACCCAUGAUCGUAUAAAAGCCAUUCUGCGCGGGGAAUUGAUUGAUCACCGCAAGUCUAUCGCUAAGAAGAACGCGGAAUUACGGAUGGAAUGGUUGAAACACUACAAGCAGUGGAGGUAUAGCGUAUGGGAGAUGGACCGUGCAAAAGAGAAGGAGAAGACCUCUGUUACUCCGGGGCUGACUCCUCCUCCGGCCCCGCCUCCACCAGUAACGCCAAUUCCCGUUUUGGAGAGUCGCUCCGAGGGGCGCCGAUACAAGGGUAACAGCGAGUUGGAUUUCCAGAAUGCUCUUCGCGCGUCCGAGAUAUCUGCGCAGGAAGAGCUUGCGAGACGCCGUGAGAACAAGGCUACUGCGCAACCAGAUCUGAAUCGUGAGGCAGUGAUCCCGGACAUGCUUGAACCCCGGGAAGCCAAAGCCCUCAUAUUCAAAGAUACGAAUAACAUCGUCGAUCCAUCCCAAGCCAUGGAGGUCUUCGGCUUCAUGCCACCGCCGAAUGACUUCACAACCGAGGAGCAUGAAAAGUUCACGGAUGCCUUCAUGGCCUUCCCCAAGAAAUGGGGGAAGAUUGCCGAAGCCUUACCAGGGCGGGAUUUCAAACAGUGUAUUGUUCACUAUUACUUGACCAAGGAAGAGAUCAAAUAUAAGGCCAAGCUGAACAAGCGUUGGAGCCGCCGUGGCCGUGCGAGAAGAUCUGCCAGACCCAAGUCCAAUGCACUCAUGGCCGAUCUAGGCGUCGUCAAACCGGAUUAUGAAGGCGAGGAAGAACCGACGCCUGUGACCGACACCGGCCGCCCACGCCGUGCAGCUGCUCCAACGUUUGGAGAUACUUCUGCCGAUGCUGAUCAAAGCGCCAAUGGCCGUCGGGGCAAUGCAGCCAAGGACGGCGAUACAAGUGAGAAGCCUUCGGGAAGACGCGGACAGCGAGGAACUGGCGCUCGGGGUGGCCGCAGAGGCAAAGCAGCUCAGCAGCAGCAACAACAGCAGCAGCAGCAGCAACAGCAACAGCAAGGCCCCUUGACGCCACAGCCCGAACAACCGAGCUCAACUGCGCCAACGAUUUCAGCCACGGCUACGCCAGCUGCAAACAUCCCAACGAUGCCUGCUAUUGCAAGCGCAGAAGUGCCAGAUGUGAGCUUAGAAGCAGGUGGUGAUGUUGGUAUAGUGAGGUUCAGAGACCAACUUGAGGGUGAUCGGGUUGAUAUGCCUCCGCGGUCGAAAUCGGGUAGGGGUCGUCCUCGGGAUGAUCGCACGAUUUACACUUUCGAGCCUGGACAGUUAGUAGGCUUUGUCCCGCCAGAUUCGUCCACCACAUCAAACACAACCAGCUACUGGUCAGUCCCUGAGGUGCGCGAAUUCCCUGGGCUCUUAGCACACUUUGGUAGGGACUUUGAGGCUAUUGCUAAUCAUAUGAAAUCAAAGUCCACCCAGAUGGUGAGUAACAUGCGCCGUACUCGAAUGCCGUCGGUAAUGCCUCUGCUAACAACUCAUCGCUAUAAUCAGGUCAAGAACUACUUCCAACGUCGUAUGGAUUCAGGAAAGACGGACUUUGAGGAGAUUGCAGCGGAUGCGGAGGCAAGAAAGUCCCGUGGAGAGCCUACGGCCCCGCUGCCAACAUCAAGCUCCACGUCCAAACGUCGUUAUGAAGCCACGCCUUCUGCCGUGAGCGUGUCUAGGCCGCUUGCUCCCCAUACCGAGGCAACGCCGGAGUUUGACGAUAGCCGGUUUGCGCCCACUGUGCGACACCCUGCACUGUCCUCUCAGCCGGUAUCACUACAUGCUCGCUCUCUUCAUGAGCGUGAGCGCAGCAUUUCUCGAUACCCACCGCUCGCGCAAGCUAGCAGUGCGUCAUUGGCGCCUCAUUCGCCCGCCAUGAAUAUGACUGAGGAAUCGUCCAGGGCAAUCCAUAAUCAAUCAGGAUUGCCACCCCGAAUGCAGGGACCGCGCCUGGGAUAUUUUGAAGAUAGACCGACUGUGCUAUCCCAUCCAAGUUCCCGGACCCUCGAUCACCCCAUGUCUUCACGGCAUAUUCCUGCCUCGGGCCCUGAGAUGUCAAGGUUAGAGUCACUUCCGAGUCAAGGAUUCAGAGGCGUAGAUGUGCACGGAUCGCCUUUGCUGGCGAGUCAGGGUGUAGCCGCACCCCCACACCAAUCCUACCUGCAACCGUUAGCCCAACCGCACCCCCAGGCGCCGCCGCUUAUGUCUCACGGCUCACACUCACGCCAAACUAGUUUAACCAAGCCUCCCAGCUCCCCACUUCAGGCAAUGGGAAGGCAUGAGUCGGAGUUGCCUUAUAUCCGACGUGAUUCAAUGAGCCAGAGGUCCUUCUACCCGCUAUCUGCGCCUCACGUUGGCGUCCCGCAGCCGCAUCCCAUCCUGUCCCCUUCUCGGGAUCCCCUGCGCACGGCAUUACCCCCGGCGGAACCCUCUGAACCACCUCGCCAGGUGCCUGCGAAGCGUUCGAACAUCAUGAGCAUUCUGAAUGACGAACCCGAGGAACCGCAACCCAGAAAACGGUUCGCAAGUGAUCAAGCUUCCUCUGUUCCCGCAGUAGGCUCUCCUUCGCGGCCAGUUUACACUGGAGGCUCCUCGCUCCCCCAGCCAACACGACAAGAGGAGUCCAUGCUCUCAGCCUCUCAGCAAAAGAGCUCAGCAUACCCCCAGCAGAGUCCGUACUUGCCGCCCUCCCGUCCGUACUCCGAGUAUUCGUCCUACAAUUCAGCAGCAGCAACUUCGGGAUCUGCUGGGAACACCGAUUGGCUGGGACGAUUCGAUCCUCGAGGCCAGCAGGCAUCCCAGCAGCCGUCCUCGGCUCCUCCGCCGCCUAGUAGUCGCCCGCCCGCAACGCUGACGUCGCAAUCCCCGUAUUCGCCUUUUGCCUCUGGUCAAACGCCGUCGGGUCAGCUAUCGAAUCUGAAUGCCCCGUCUCCUGUGCCAACUCCGCCGCCGGUGCCGGUUUCCCAGCGGCCGUCGUACCCUGCUUCUGUGUACGCACCAUCACCGGCGCCACACCCGCAAGCAACCGGUGGAGGGCCGCGCGACAUGCCUUCUCAGGGCCCCAUGUACAGAUCGACCAUUAACUCUCCCACGCUGCGGAAUGGUCAUGUCGCAUAUCCGACGCGUCCUGGACUCUCCUCGACCUCGUCAUAUGGUUCAACCACACAGAGCGUGCCGGUAGCUGCCCAUAUGUCGGGGACGCCCCAACAGCAUCCAAGUGGGCCUUCAGCAUAUCAGCACAUGCAACCCUUGGUCGCGCAUCAACCUCAACCCCACCGGCCACAUAUGGGGCUAGCCGGAUCGCAUUAUGGUCGCAACACGCCGCCUCCGCAAUCCCAGGCGUCUAGAAUGGCGCCUCUAUCGGGUCCGGGUUCUCAGCAGAUAGGUCGCUCAUACACCCCUCCGGGUGAUGUCACCUUCCUUAGCGGCACCAAAACCAACGCAGAAACAAGUCGACCGCGGUCGCUUCUCUGA